AUUGUAAAAACAAAGAAGUCUCCACUUAAUUUGUCUCAUUGCUUUGUUGCUAGUGCAGUUUUUAUGUAGGAAAAAGUCCAAUUUAUGUUAUUUCACAAAGUUAAGUGUUAUUUUUGAGCAUUUUAUUACAAUUAAAAUUGACAAAUUAUAUAUUUUUUAAGUGUGAACAAGUCCAAACUUGAUUCUCAUUAUAUAAAUAUUAACUCGCACUUCAACACUUCAAAAGCGUAGUUUAAUCGAAGUUAUAGCGCAUGCAUCCAACAGCGAUCGAAAAAAGUACAAUAGAUAUACAAUAGCAGAAACAACUUUGUUGUUGAUCGAUAAAAAAAGUAGAAGCGGAAAAUACAAGAGCAACACAUAUAAAUAAUAACAAUAGCCACGACCUACACAAAAAAUAAUGUCGGAAUCGUAUGAUUAUCUAUUUAAAUUUUUAAUAAUUGGCAGCGCGGGCAGUGGCAAAAGUUGCUUGCUUCAUCACUUUAUUGAGAAUAAAUUUAAAGAUGACAGCUCUCAUACAAUUGGUGUUGAGUUUGGUUCCCGUAUUGUAAAUGUUGGCGGCAAAUCCGUAAAGUUGCAGAUAUGGGAUACUGCUGGGCAGGAACGUUUUCGCUCUGUGACACGUUCAUAUUAUAGAGGUGCCGCUGGGGCUUUACUUGUUUAUGAUACAACAUCCCGUGAUUCUUUCAAUGCCCUCAGCAAUUGGUUGAACGAUGCACGCACGUUGGCUAGUCCGAAUAUCGUUAUUCUUUUGGUUGGCAACAAGAAAGACUUGGAAGAUGAACGAGAUGUAACAUUCUUGGAAGCUAGUACUUUUGCUCAGGAAAAUGAGCUCAUAUUCCUUGAGACGAGCGCUAAAACUGGAGAAAAUGUGGAAGAGGCCUUUUUAAAAUGUUCAAAAACAAUCUUGGCAAAAAUUGAAAGCGGUGAAUUGGAUCCAGAACGUAUUGGCAGUGGCAUACAAUAUGGUGGUGCAGCGUUACGAAAUCUACAAACACGACAGCGAAGUAUUAACAAACCAGAUUGCGGUUGUCGUGUCUAAUAAGAUAGCACAACGAAUCAGUAAUGCGGAUUACGUUUUAUAAGCCUUUUACGACUAUUUGGUUUUUGAUUAAUCUGAUAUUAUAUUUUAAUUUUAUUGCAUUUAGUACAAUUUGAACAGUUAAAAUGACAAUCGUUUAGAAACGAGUUAAAGUGUGCAAGACGGUAGCAGGCAAAUUCAUAAUAUAUAGUAUACCUAUGUUUUAUUAUUUACACAUAUAUAUAUGUAAUUUUGUAUGAAUUACAUGUAUUAUAUAAUAUGUUGCAUUACGCUAAGCAAAACGUAUUACCGGUUUAGUUCACAUUAUUGUGUUUUACUGUAGUUUUUUAUUUUUCCCUCUCAACAUUUAAAAUCUAAAUUCAUUCCGUAUUGGAGAAGUGUGUACAAAGUUGAUAUUAGCUUGUUAUUUGCCAUCUUACACCAUUUCUAUGUGAACUCGAUUUGGCCGAUAUUUACAUUUUCCUAACAAUUCCAUUAGGUGAUAUUUAGUAAUUCCCUAAUUAACUCUUAUUUUAUUUUUAUUAAUAUUAUGUACUAAGGAGGUUUUCAUCAUUUGUUAUUUAAAUAUGGCAUGUACUAUCUAAUUAUUCGCUAAAAAUAUCAACAUAGUUAUUAAAAUUAAGAAAGAAUAAAACUCGAAGAUAAAUUUUUGUAAAUAAGAAAAAUA